AGAGAAAAUAGCGUUAUUUUUUAAAAUAUAAUCAUUCAGUAUGUUCCUACGCAUAUUAUCACAAUGCAUGACAGUAUAGGCACCCGUAAUCGCUAAAGUGUAUCUAUAAAAAAAUCAAUAAAUAAUUAUCUAGUGAUAAGAUUCCAAUUGAAAAUUGAAAGCAAAUAAGCUAAUCAGUGCUAUUAAGAUAUGUGAGAGGAUAACACACCUCAACGCGACGGUCUUGGGAUCAUUUUAUUACUGUGGAAAUGUGUUCACAAUAGCGAUGGGAAACACAAAGUCAAAGAAGGCUCAAAAGGAGCCGGAUCGGUUUUUUGAACGAGAACGUUGGAAGGAGCAGAGAAAGGAGGAGAAGAAGAAGAAGCAUGCAAACCCGGUGAACAAGAGAACGGCAGUCAAGGAGCCGCCGAUAAACCCAGCUGCAGCCAUGAGUGGACCCACCCUGCGGGCGUCUCCGUUGCCCCCGCCUUCACUAGUGCGUUCGUACGAUGAAGAAGCGUUAGAUCGGAUGAGACAUCAAUUGAAUCAUGACUCGGAUGCGUUCCUGCUUAAUAACAUACUACUUUCUGUGCAGUUCUUUGAAAACUAUGAGAGAGAACUUCAGACUGUAAAAGACAAUCCGAUAACAAAACGGCAGCACACCAUGGACGCUGCUAUGGUACAGCGACAUAAGCACGUGUUCUUUGCGGACAGGCUCCAAGAAUGUGUACAGGAAUGCGUGGGCUAUCAAAGACAAAGGGAUUUGCUGGAGCCUCUUGCAGCCCCAAGAUUGUUCAUUAUCUAUGAUAAUGUUGAGGCUAGUGAACCAGGCGAUACAUCUGAUUAUUGUGCUGUUCUAGAUGCACCGUUCUACAAGUUGCGUGUGGAAGAUUGUAAAGAACCAGGGUACAUUAAAUUAAAGAAACUGGAAGUGUUGGAAAGUGCACAUCACAAAGACAUCGAUGUAUCAAAUACUCAUUCCGACGAUAGUAUAUAUACAGACUCCGAAAAAGAAUCAAAUGCAUCAGAUGAUUCACUAUAUGUAGGUGAUACUGGUGAGCUUACGUGUCGACCGAACGCAAAGGGGAAAAUCCCGAAUGACAAAAUAGAAAAUCGUAGUAGAUAUUUGAAUUUAAAUUCUAUUUCGACAGAGCUUAGCGUCAAUAUCAAUAGUGAAACUCAUAGUUGUUCAACAAGUGUUGAACAUUCUUUAGACAGAAGUAGAACAAAACCAAGGAAGUCAAUAUUAAAAAAAUCAACAAACGAUAUUAAAAAUGAGCGAAAUAAAUCCAGUGAAAACAUUCACAUAGCUGAUGAUACCGAGACGUCAGGCUACAGAUCUAAUUCAAGUCGACAGACUGAAUCCAGUGAAACAGAAUCUGAUUAUGGAUAUUCAACUAUUACCGAAGUUACUACUCCAAAAAAGAUUGAACUUAGCUAUCAAUCAAAAGACUCAGCAUCCUCGGGAGUACUACCCGAUGAAUGUUGGAUUACAAUGAAUGAAAAAACAUUUAAUUGGAGCGAUGACGAAGAAGAGGAAAAUGAUGCGUCAUCGAAUUUAUCUAUUUCGAAAAAUCUGUAUGAAAGUCAUCAGUAUCUUAACUCUGUUUCAUUUAUGAACAACUUUGUUGAUAAUUUUAUUAUAAGUUUGGGAUCUGGCUUAGGAUUUCAACAAGAUGUUAUAAAAAAUGCUUUGACUCAAGGGGCUAGUGUAUACUGUGAUAACUUAAGAAAUGGAUCAAAAACCAGCUACGAAGUAUAUCCUGCUCUAUUAGCGGCUUGGCCAAAUGCAGCCAACCAGUGGAUUAUACGAGAAAGAAAAAUUAUACAAAAUCCAAGAACUAAUUUUAGUUAUCAGUGGCCAACAAAACACAUGGUAAACAAAGCUAUUGGUUUCGGGUGUCUCUUAAUACCUGUUGGCUUUCGCCCAAAGCGAGGCUUGAACCCAGAUCAAAAACUACAGUGGAGGAUAAUAUUUCCAGCAGCUGAAAGAUAUCUUGAAAGUUGUUUAGCACAUUCUCACAUGAGAUGUUAUUUAUUUGCACUUGCUUUGCACAAAACUUUUAUAGAAAAUGAAACAUCUAAAAUAGGUAUCGAUGCAAGUCAUAUAAAGAACCAUUUGUUUUGGGAAUGUGAAGAUAAUUAUGCUAAAUGGCCAGAAGAUCGACUUGGAGAAACAUUGCGAUUAUUUUUGAGAAGGUUUUACGUUUAUUUUGGGCAGUCACGAUUUCCAAAUUAUUUUAUCGAGAACUGCAAUGAGUUUAAAUGUAUUCCGAAACCAUUAUUACUAAAGGUACAAAGGAAAUUGGCUGAUAUUUUAGAAGCGCCCGUCAUGCAUGUAUUGUAUGCAAUUGAAAAACUCAAAUACAUUAAAAAAGAUUUUUAUCCAACAUUUGACUGUCGUAAAUUGUACGAAAUUCUCACUUGUAAAAAUCCAUUACGUAUUAUCAACCCUCACCUACCAAUAAUUAGUACAAAUUGCGAUGAAUCAUCGGAUAGCGAUGAAGACGAACAUAUAAAUAAUAUAUGGGAUAAAGCGAAAGCUACUGAUAAACAAUACCAAUGGAAAAAAGAGAGACAACGACAGAUCAAAGAAAGAAGAAAAGCAAAUUUAAACAAUAAGAAAACUGGAAAGAAUACUGGAAAAGAACAUAUAGAGAUGAAUAAAAAUAUAAUUAUACCGACUAAAAUGGAGACUGAGCGACGACGUUUAGUCCUAGAACUGUUCAUUCCUCAUUUUAUUGCGAUGGCACGUUCUAGUGAAAAGUUUGGUACUAUACGGCAGGCUGUUAUAUACUUAGAGCAAGCAAAGCGUCUCUGUAUUCUCCUCAGUGAAGAACCUGCUGGUGACGUUACAGCUCAUGAAUAUUUGGAUGUAAUUCGUGAUAAGUUAGCAGAUUGCCAGCGAAUGUUAGCUAAGCAAGUUGGGUAUAAAGUGUCUGUUCGUGACAAACUGUCCCAUGAUCGAAUAACAGAUUCUAAUGUUAUACGCAAGCAUAGACCCAAAUAUGAGCACAUAAUGAGUCAAGAUUCGCCAACAGAAAGUAUUGGUAUUGCACCAUUUACAUUCGUAGAUGUUCACUCUGAUAAUACAAAAAAGUCUAAUGUUAAAUCAUAUUUUGAUAUUGUUGAAACAGAAGAGUCGAAGUUAUAGCAGAAAUUAAAUUUCAUUAAAAUUUAGUUUAAUGUACCUAUAUUAUUUCGACAACGAAUUGUGAUAUCAUUUUUAUUUUUUAUUUAUAAUUUGACUUAACGAAAUUUGGUUAAAUUAAAUAGAAUCUCGGUUUUAUUAUGAGCAAUAGAGAAUGUUAUAUAUUAUAUCUGGAUGCUAGUUUAAGAUUAGUAAUAUUAAAAUGUGAUUUAUUAUUAUAAAUACAAAAUAAAACAGCUAUGAGGCAAUUAUAAUCAUAUAAUUUAUUGCUUACAAUUAAAUGAGUGGAUUGCUACCAGCGACCAUGGCCAACAAAGCCAUUCGUACAUACAUGCCAUAUUCAGCUUGUCUAAAGUAGGCGGCUCUAGGGUCAGAAUCAAAUUCCGGAGAUAUUUCAUCAACUCGCGGCAGAGGAUGCAUGACUACCAUACGGCGCCGUGCACGGGUCAUUAAUUGGGGAGUUACCACCAAAAGUCCCUUGAUCUGCAAAGUUUAACAAUAUUUUUAUUAGUAAUUGUAAAUCUAUAUUCUUAUAAGGUAAUUAAAAUAUUUUAUUAGAAAUUACAAGUAGAGAAGUGCAAUAAAUGUAGUGAAAAAAUUGA